AUGGCGACCCUGGCGGAGAAGCUCGAGAAGAUCAAGUCUCCUAAGCUGCAGAAUCAGCACCAUACCGCUGUGGUGCUCUCUGCAGUGGAGGACACUCUUCGCGACCAAAAGGCAGACUUUUCCCCCACCGCAUACUUCGCUGCGCUCCUUGCGCUCCUUUCACAGUCUCUGUCCGCCGACCAAGGAAUCGUCAACAAGGACUUGGCGACAUCCGUCGUCUAUCUGCUCGACAUCACCACCGGUUACGUUCCUGCUCCGAUUCUUCGCUCCAAAUUCUCUCAGAUCCUCACUGGCCUCGCGCCUGCUCUUUCAUUGCCCGAGGUCGAGGCUCCACUUCUGCGACCGUCAAUUGGCUGUCUCGAGUCGCUUCUCAUUGCACAGGAUGCCGCUGCAUGGAAUCUGCCUCACACUCAGAUCGGUCCCCGUCGGGCGACCGCGGGUCUGCUAAGCCUUUCAGUUGACCACCGACCUAAGGUCCGAAAGCGCGCUCAGGAUGCGCUGGUCAAGGUUCUCAAGACUCCCCCGCCCAGUCCCUCUUUAGAUCACCCUGCUGCGGAUAUGUGCGCUGAGUCUGCGAUGAAGACGCUUGGCGAUAGCAUCGCGACUGCACUGAAGCAGAAGAAGGGCAAGCACGAUGCACACAAGGAUAACCACGAACCUCUUAUCAUCCACUCGCUCCAGCUAGUUAAGACUAUUGCCACGGCCUCGGGCGGUUGGCCUAGCAAGAAGAUUGAAUCGCUCUGUGAGCUGCUCAUGAAUGCCUCUCGCUCGACCAAUGAGUACAUCACUAUGGGUGCGUUCGAGGUCUUCGAGGUCAUUUUCGAGGGAAUGGCAGACGAAUUCUCGUCCUCGAAGCUUCCCCGUCUUUUGGAGGCCAUUUCCGAGCUUAAGCCUGCACAGAAUGACUCCCAACUUCUUCCUCCGUGGAUCGCUGUUUUGUCCCGUGGGUACGAUGUAUCCGCUCAAAUUAGCCCCGAGGACACCUUUGAGAAGCUUCCUGAACUUUUCCAGCUCAUCUCUGGAUUCUUGGCUUCGCCCUCGCACAACAUCCGCGUGUCGGCGUCCGAGUGUUUGAUCUCUUUCCUGCACAACUGUAUCCCCAACAGUGUUAUUGUGGACCCUUCUGUCUACGAUGAGAAGACUCUGGAGAAACUGGCCAAGGCCGCUGCUGAUCUUCUGUCUGUCAAGUAUCAGGCUGCCUGGAUGGAGGUUUUCAAUGUCUGCUCUGCUAUGUUCGAUUGCUUUAAGUGGCGCUCCAGCCCCUUCCUCACGAAUCUUGUUUCAACCGUUGGUGAGCUACGCAGCAAUGAGUCCUUCCACGGAAAGAAGGAGGCCGAUGGCGUUCUCAGCAGCGCUAUUGAGGCCAUGGGUCCCGCCGCCGUUCUUGAGAUAUUGCCCUUGAACAUCAUUGAGCAGAAGAACGGCCAGCCCGGUCGUGUCUGGUUGCUUCCUAUUCUCCGUGACUCGGUUACGAAUACAGACUUGCGUCACUUCCGUUCAGAGUUCGUACCUUUGAGUGAGGCUCUUUACCAGAAGAUGGUUGAUUUCCGCAGUGCCGAGAAGCACGUUGAGAUGAAGAUCUUCGAAACUCUUGUCCAGCAAACCUGGGGUAUUCUUCCCGGAUACUGUGAACUGCCUCUCGACUUGAUUGAGGCGUUUGACCAGAGCUUUGCCGAGCUCCUUUCCAACGUCCUCUAUAAGCAGGCUGAGCUGCGCGUUGACAUUUGUCGCGCUUUGCAAAACCUUGUCGAGUCCAACCAGGCUAUCCUGGAGGUCGAGAGCGAGGUAGAGGAUUUGAUUCUGCAGCGCCGCAUCACUAAGGCUGCUGCCACCAAGAACAUUGCUCACUUGGCUGGCUUUGCAAGCAACCUGUUGGCUGUGCUGUUCAACGUUUACAGCCAGACCCUUCCCCACCACCGUGGAUAUAUCCUGCAGUGUAUUAAUUCCUAUUUGAGCAUCACCCCCGAGGCAGAACUCAAUGAGACUUUCUCUCGUGUCACAGACAUGCUCGAAUCCUCGCUGGCGGAGGAGCAGCAGCAAGAGGCACCCAAGCAGGACCAGGUCAACAAGAUGCCCCCCCCACUUCACACACUUUGA